UUGGGUUGCAUGUCAGAUGCCCCCAAAGUGUGGAGGUAUUUGGAUCCAUGUUUAAUAUUUGGAGCUUUUUCUAAAUAUUUAGCCCUCAAAGCAUCUCAAAGGCCCUGCUAUCUUUAUUAGUCUUACCACUGAAAACUGCAGUUCAGCCAUGGCUGCCCAAACCUGAGAUGAAGUGAUAGGCGUUUGCCCUUCAGUACAAGCUGCCUGGAUUUCCAAGUGGCUGGCAUUUUUGAGAUUCAUCAGGCCACAGAUUUUUGCUCUCUUAUUCUCACAGAUCUCAGAGGAGGGAAUGUGCGUUGUGAGAUUCCUGGUUUUACUGUACUAUUAAGUUAUUGCCACCCCUUAGGACAUCCCUGCAUGAAGGAGGAGGACUCACAUAACUCUGGAUCAGUAAAGGAAGCAGCUCAAUUAGCAUUUCACACGCUUUUCUUCCCUCUCUUCUUACCUUCCCUGCAGUGGGCAUGCUUUCCCCUUAAAGGAUUGUCCUGUUUCUGCUCUUUGCCAGCGUUGGCAGGGUGACAGUAGUCGAGUGUGCAAACUUGUGCUAUUGUCCCUGGGCCAGGGGGAGUCAUGGAGACCCACUAAUAUGACACAGGAAAAUGUUUGCUGAUGGCAAUUCUAUGGGCUUUGUCUAACUCUUUCUCCAUCAUGACGACUCGAUUUAAGUCUCUAACUGUUUGACUACAGAUGCAAGAGUACUAUCCAACUCCAUCCUUUUGUCCAGGCGGUUUGAAUGGGUAAUUCAGCUUUUGUGUGGCUCAAUUGAGGGGGCAAACAUAAAGACAAGAUUCUUGAGCGCUCAAGCUCCCUUUCCAUGGAUAUCUGCACAUCUCUUUAGAGAUUUGUUCCUUUCCUACCUUUUUCUGACAUCAUCCUCCCUUUAAAAAAAAAGAGCCCUGAUCAAGAACAGUUAAAAGUAGGCUAGCCUGGUCUCCCCAGCUAGCAUUGUCCUGUGUCAUUGAAGCAUGGUUAGUGCCAGCCUCCAGACAGCUUUGGGAUCGUUCAGAGAAAAGGGUGUCUAAACUUUCUUAACUCAUCAUCAGCAUUUCAUGUUGGACUGUGUCAAAAAAAAAAAGGCCCUACUAGGGGUGGAGGGGAGAGGGGAGAAUGGUAAAAAUUGCAGGGAAAUGAUUGUAUUAUUAGCUGUCUUUCUGUGGCUGUUCCCAUGACAACAAUUUGUGAUGGCAAAGAAUGUGAGAACGGGGAGUCUAAUGCCUGAUUGGGAUGCUUUGUAUUUGGCAAAGUGGCUUCUGAUUGGUCUGAGAAAGCCCUCUAACUAGAAGGAGUUGAUAUUCAUUCAGCUUACUCAAGUGCUGCUAAACUGCUUCUAAACACUCACAGACUCCGGUUCCUUCUCUAAAGGUUGGUAGUGUAUAACCUGUAUAACAAGAUUAGCAGGGGAACUAGGUUUUUCUCAGCCAUGAUACAGUAACAAUCAAUAUUUGUGAAACAAUCUACUCUGUGUGUGUGUGCGCGCGCGUGUGCGUGUGUGUGUAUUUGGUUACAGUGACAUGCCAGUGCUGCAGAGGGUUCUGCUUAGGAUUUAAACAUUACCUGUGUAACAAGAUUAACCAUGGGGUUCUCCAGCAGUAACAAGCCAUUCCAUGCAUUUGUGGGGGGAGGUGUGUGUGUGUGCACGCGCGCGCACGCGGGUACAGUGAUUCUGCAGCUGUGUUGUGAAUGGGCUAAAAAUGUUGCACAUUCAUCUGGCUCACAGGCAAACUGACAACUUGUUGUUUAGCUGAGGAGUUUGAUUUGGUUUUCUCCCCACUCCUUCCCCGGCACCCACUUGAUACUUUUUAUUUUACAGCUUCAGGAUGGUGUUUGGAUUCAAAGCCAUAAAUACAUCUGUCCUCCUUUCACAGGCUUGCCCAGGCUUCAGGAGAGGAAGUAUAACAUUUUAAUGGACACCUCCAUGAGGAUCGCUCUGUGAAAUGGCAUCAGACAGUGAAGUGAAGAUGUUACUGAAUUUUGUGAACCUGGCCUCCAGCGACAUCAAAGCAGCUCUGGACAAGUCAGCUCCCUGCCGCCGCUCUGUUGACCACAGAAAAUAUUUACAGAAGCAGCUCAAGCGGUUUUCUCAAAAAUAUUCCAGGAUCCCAAGAAGUCACCCCAGCAAAUCCAUGGAAUCCAACAUGAAAAGAGGAGUGGAGGACAGAAAUCAUAGCUCCCACCCAGAUGCCGUGGAUCCUAAUCCCUGUAGAGCUACCAGUGAAAAGGCACUGAGGGGAGCAGAGGUGGAGGAGAACCUCAGUGGAGAGCAAGGGUUGCAGGAGCAAAGUCCAGAGUCUGCCAGGCCAGAUCAGGUGCCCAUGAGGAAAAGACAGCUACCAGCUUCCUUCUGGGAAGAGCCCAGACCCACUCAGAGUCUGCUGGUUGGGAGCUUUCCUGCAGGACUUGAUGGGCUCCCAAAGUCCAGGGACCUUCCUUCUUAUGAGGGGAAGAAAAGCAAAAAGAGCCCAGAUGCCACAGGGCCAGAGAGCCCCCCAGUGCCUGUCCAACCUAGCGGGGAAAAAGAGCCUAUCAAAGUGCCUGGGACAUCCCUGUCUGGCCGGAUGAACGCCUGGAGUUGCUGUCCAUUUCAGUACCAUGGACAACCUGUUUACCAAACCCCAGGAGCCCUACCUCAGUCGCCCUUCCCAGGCUUGGGGCUGUGGAGGAAAAACACAGCACCCCAAGGGGAAAUCCAACACUUCUGCAAAGAGACAGAUGCCACAGGGCAGAAACUAUUUAGACCGGUGGUUUUGAAACCCAUCCCUACCAAGCCAGCAGUACCACCUCCUAUUUUCAAUGUCUUUGGAUAUCUUUAGCCUAAGGGAAGGGAGGAGGGUUGUACUGUGUACAGUAGCUCUUUAAGUUGAAAUGGAAAUGUAACUUCAUACUGUGGCCUAUCAGCUAGUCCCACUGGAGCAAAGGAUGUUUUCUAUCUAUAAAACAAGCAGCUAAAACGCUGCUGGUUCUUUUGCCUGAAAUGCACAGACUGGAUAAUAUAAAUACCAAUUUUUAAUGCAUUUGGCCUGAUUCUCCUCUCACUACAUUGGGGGCAAAUAAGGAAUAGCCCUUAUUGAAGCCUGUGGAGCUAGAUGUGGGGAGAAUUAGACCUCUUAUGUUUAAGAUAAUUGCUUGAGCCUUGGGCUAAGAACCAUUGGGAAUCUUCACUUGUAAUGCUUCAGAGAGAUCCUACGUGUGGGAAUGUCUUUCCAGGGAUGCCCUUCAUAUUAGCAACACUGAGAUGAAAUGAUUAAAACCAUAAAAGAAUCUCUUGUAUUUUAAAGUCAUUCUAGGGAAAUCAAAAUAUUCAGGUAACUUUGUUUUGCGUGUGAAAGACUGAAAGGACAAUAUUUAACACAGAAGACAAGUUUGUAAAUUGAUUUCAGCUCUUCUCACCUGUAAAUAUUAAGAGAAUUAAAAAAAAUAAAGCAGGUAAUUUUAUUUCAGUCUCCACAUCUCCAAUAUGUUCAGACUGAUGAUUGAUUGUUUUGAUUCUGCUGUGUAGAUUCAGGUUUAAUAUGUCAGUAGCUAGAAAUGAAAGCGAAAUUCUCUUCUCACUGGCAGUGUGGUUAAAUUAGCAGUACCUCCAUGAAGAACUAUAGAAUUAACACUGGUAAAGCAUGUGUGAAUAAAAGCAGAAUAACUCUGUACGUUCUAAGGAAAUACACUGGAAAUCAUAGAUUUGAAUGUGUAGGUGUAAACACGUCAUAUAAGAGAAAGCAGAUAAGAGAGACUGCAGUGGUAUUAAUGGCACAUGAGCUUUGCAGGGAGAAUUUUCUACUCUGCCUGACUGUGAAAUGAAAAGCUGCAAGUAUUUGCAAAUGAUGUGCAAGUUACACACCAGAGAAGUUGAUCAUUUAUAAUGAAGUCAGUUCAGAAAGGCUAACAAAGGGUUUUGUUAAACUUCUCUAAAGCUUCUAAAUAGUGCUAAGCAAAUAGGACAUGAGAUCUGAAAAGUUAAAUAUUAUGGGUUAAGUCUCUGUUCUUUUACAGUGGACUUUAUCACUGAGGUCAAUAGAAUUACACUACUGGAUUCUUUGGGGCCUGCUUUUACUGAAUUAAAUGAGACCAAGACGACUGAAUUGAAACCUUUCUAUGAGUUCAAUGAUACAUAGCUCAGGUUCUUUCCUGAGUCUCUGCCUCAUGUUUAUGUAACUUCAAUGACUUCAGUGAACUUACUUCUGACUUACACCCACGCUGAAAGAAAGCUAUCAGCUAAACAACCUUUGGAAUAACCUCAUUUCCUUGACUUGGGUCACUGGACUUGGAAGUCCAUUCAUACCAGCUGAAGAUCAGACCUUAAAGGCAGCCUGCAACUUUUCAUUUGGAAAUAUAUCUGCAAAAAAUUCCCAGGCCAAUUGAUUUUUUUCCCCAGGCAUCUCAGCAAUCCCACAAAUAGUAGCUCAUGUAGGAGGCUAUGGUGGGUGAUUCUUGUAGUCCGAAACAAAAGGUACACCAGGGUAGAUUCCUCAUUGCCUUCCCUCUUGUCCAGUGACUCAGCCAGCACCUGUCCAAAACAGGCAUAACAUGUCACAGGAGUGAGCUAGGAAUUCUGAUUUGGAAGAAUUUUGUGCCAACUUUGUGUAACUGUAAGUGAUGACACAAUGUGCAGCACUGUGGGUUCAUGCCCAAGGGUCCAGGAGACUGGCAUUCACUCCUUUACUUUCAGUAUCACCUCCUUGUCCUUCUGAAAGGAGGGCAUGAAGAGAGAGUAUUUCUGAUUCUGCACCCACUAUAGGUAAAAGCAAAGCUCCUGCUUAUUUUGGUGGGAGGAGAAAUGGGCCCAAAAGCAUCAAUCUGCAGAACUUUAAGAAAGGGGCUUCCUAAAACAGUUCUCCACAUGGGUAAGCUUUAUUCAUCCUUACAGUCCAGAUGAAGCUAAUGGGCUAGAGGGUGAAUUCAGUCACUGUUGUACGAGUCCAGAGUAGUUUUAUUAGAGAUACUCUGGCUUUCUUCUGGAUGACUGAUCAGAAUGUGGUUUGU